AUGAACCUGACGGGGAUGGUGAAUGGAACGAAAGAAUUCUUCUCUUUGCUGAGCAUUGUAUCUUACAGCUCGUAUGCCUUCCACAAAGUUUCCAUUGUCCUCUACAACAUAUCCAGUUUUAGGAACAUAGAUCCCACCAAGUUCUCCACCCGAUACUGCUAUUGCUUAAACAACGGGACGAACGACUUAACAGAUUUUACAGCAUUGCUGGUGGACAUUGUGGGAAACUCCACCAGUUAUCUUACUGAGAUUUUCAAGUCAACUUCCAUUGUGUCAGUGAGCCAGAGCAAUGAUACGGACUGCAUCUACAUUUGCGUCAUGUCAGGACGAAUAGGCAGAAAUCUUACAGAUCUAUGGGAAGCAAUAGAGAAAUCUCCUCUUGUCAACUAUACAUUUUCUGGUAACAUAUCAGAUUUCCUAGAUAACAUCACCUUCUUCAACGGAGUCUUUGAAAAUGUGGAAAGUGUUGCUUUGUUCUUUGAUUGUUUGGGCUCUCACUUCACUUGGCUUCAGUCCGUGUUCACCAGCUUUCCGCCGUUGCUCAACUUCGUGAGCAGAAUGAAGUGUGUGACUGGCGUUUGCCCAAGAGACUUUGAAGACUACGGCUGUGCCUGCCGAUUCGAGAUGGAGGGCUUCCCCGUGGAUGAAGUAGAUGGUUGCUGUUUUCAACAUCGGAAAUGCUACGAAGAGGCAACGGAGGAAGAUUGCACCUGGGAUCCUACCAAAAUCAUCAUGAACGUCAGUUGCCUCACUAAAAACAUCACUUGUGGGUCUGAGGAUUCUUGCGAGCAUUUGCUCUGCGAUUGUGACAGAGAAGCUAUUGAAUGUUUCUUGCAUUCUCCCAUUAACUCUUCCUUGAAUAAUUUUGAUGCUUCCCUCUGCUCCUCUCUGGUGACAGGUGCCACCAGUGAAACAUCUAGUGUGAAAGUUCACACCACAGUUCCUGCUUCAGAUGUUCCUCAAGAGUUCAAUGACCUGACCCUGAAUAACCAUGAAAGAUUUUCUUCAGACAUUGAAAGCAGUGGAGUCCUUGAAAACUUCAGAGGAGGGGCUGUGACCCAGAAAGAGGCAACUGUUGCUUUUGAUAAUUCAGAACUAAGAGUGUGUGAUCGUUUCUCUUUUCUGCAACGGGGCGAGAAUGGAAAACUCAACCGCGAGUUUCCACAGUUGGGUGAGAUGCUCUACUGCUUGACCGACCGGUGUCCAGAGGAGUUCGAAUUAUAUGGCUGCUUUUGUGGUCAAGAGGGAAGAGGACAUCCGACUGAUGAACUGGACAGAUGUUGUUUCUCCCAUCAAUGUUGCCUGGAACAAGUUAAAAGGCUGGGAUGUCAGCCAGAAAAAACGUCAAGAUCUGAAGUUGUGUGUUUUGAUCACACACCAACGUGUGUUGGAUGGACCCUGUGCGAAAACCUCCUGUGUUCCUGCGAUAAAGCUGCGGCCGAAUGCAUGGCUGCAGCCCCAUUCAACGAAACCCGGAGGCUGCCCAGCAGACAGGAUUGCCGAGAGGACAAACUGGCUUGCCGCUGGUCAGGACGCGAGAGGCCUCCAAGCAGCCCUCCAAGAGGUUCCAGAACAUCUAGUGAAGAAGAAGAAGAGAGUAGCAGCGAGGAGGCAGGAACAAUUUGA